AUGCGGGCCCCCCAGGGUCAGGGUGCAAGGCAGUGCCUCCCGCGGGCCGGGGCCGGGCCCCCCAGGGUCAGGGUGCAGGGCAGUGCCUCCCGCGGACCGGGGCCGGGCCCCCCAGGCUCAGGGUGCAGGGCAGCGCCUCCCGCGGACCGGGCCCCCCAGGGUCAGGGUGCAGGGCAGCGCCUCCCGCGGGCCGGGGCCGGGCCCCCCAGGGUCAGGGUGCAGGGCAGCGCCUCCCGCGGGCCGGGCCCCCCAGGGUCAGGGUGCAGGGCAGCGUCUCCCGCGGGCCGGGCCCCCCAGAGUCAGGGUGCAGGGCAGCGCCUCCCGCGGGCCAGGGCCCCCAGGGUCAGGGUGCAGGGCAGCGUCUCCUGCGGGCCAGGGCCCCCAGGGUCAGGGUGCAGGGCAGCGCCUCCCGCGGGCCGGGCCCCCCAGAGUCAGGGUGCAGGGCAGUGUCUCCUGCGGGCCGGGGCCCCCAGGGCCAGGGUGCCGGGCAGUGUCUCCCGCGGGCCGGGCCCCCCAGAAUCAGGGUGCAGGGCAGUGUCUCCUGCGGGCUGGGGCCGGGCCCCCCAGGGUCAGGGUGCAGGGCAGUGCCUCCCACGGGCUGGGCCCCCCAGGGUCAGGGUGCAGGGCAGCGCCUCCCGCGGGCCGGGGCCGGGCCCCCAGGGUCAGGGUGCAGGGCAGCGCCUCCCGCGGGCCGGGGCCGGGCCCCCCAGGGUCAGGGUGCAGGGCAGCGUCUCCCGCGGGCCGGGGCCGGGCCCCCAGGGUCAGGGUGCCGGGCAGUGUCUCCCGCGGGCCGGGGCCGGGCCCCCAGGGUCAGGGUGCAGGGCAGUGUCUCCCGCGGGCCGGGGCCCCCAGGGCCAGGGUGCAGGGCAGCGCCUCCCGCGGGCCGGGCCCCCCAGGGCCAGGGUGCAGGGCAGCGCCUCCCGCGGGCCCGGCCGGCCGCGCCCCGCCCCCGGGCCGGGAAUGCGGAAGGGCCGCGGGGAGAUGGUGAGUGGGCCGGCGGGGUGGGCCGGAGCCCUGGCGGGAGGAGCUCUUGCGCUCUUGCAGACCCGAGCCCGGACCUACAAAGAAAACAUGACCCCAGCGCACGCAGGCUGCGUGGGUUCUGCCUGGGCAUUCCCCGCUCCUCGACCGACACCCGAAUCUUCGCUUGGGCGCCACCGCACCCCCUUUCCGGGUUGGACCUGGCUUCCGGCGCAACUUCCGGUGCGCCUCCCAAGGCCGGAAGUACCGGUGCCGCCGCUGUCCGGCCACAGCCCAGCGUUCGUCGCCGACGCUAGUCCAGUCGCGCGGAGCUGCCCCGAAGCUGGUGUCUGGCCCCGGGUGAGUGGCGCGCGGCACCCCGGGGGCCGCAUCCGCCCCCUCGCGCUGCCCUCCCGCACCCUGGCUCCGCCCGCAUCCGUGGGGUUGGCUGAGCCGUGGGCGCCGGAUUAG